UCUACAUAGUUCAUGUAUAGCUAACAUACAUUAUUUCUGCUUCGGAUUUAAUAUUUUUGUGAAAAAUUGAGACUGACGAUUUUUAGCAAUCGAAAUAGUGUUCUGCAGUGUAAAUCGUUUGAAACCAAUAUUCGUGUAAUAGAAAUUAGUUUUCAUGAUAAAAAUAUGUCUUAUUACAACAUAACCCGUCCGCCCGUACGAGAGUACGCAGGCGGUAGCGUUGGUGGCAUACUCCGUAAAGGUAGCAGCAGCACAUCCUCGAACAAUGGUGUGCACACCAAUUACUCGUCCACAUCUACCACAACAGGCCUGAAUGCAGGUGAAACGCGCCAAGUAGAUUUGCUUGUGUUUGGAUACGCCUGUAAAUUGUUUCGUGACGAUGAUAAGGCCCGAAAUAUCGAUCAUGGCAAGCAUAUGAUACCAUGGAUGGGCGACCCUACGCUCAAGAUCGACAGAUAUGACGUACGUGGUGCUCUGUCCGAUUUGGCGCCCUAUGAACCCCCGCCAGGUGGCUACGGCAAUCGCCUCGAUUACCUGAGCGCCGAAGAGCAACGCGCCGAGCAAUUGUGUGAGGAAGAGCGUUAUUUGUAUUUGUACAACAACGAAGAGGACCAUAUCCUGCGUCAAGAGGAGGAUUUGAAACGCUUUAAACAGGAUGUAGGAGGCGGCAAUUAUGCGCAAGUGGACUUUCAAUAUGGCAACGAUGGUAUGGGUGUUGUGCCACAUGGACCCAAUCGCGAAGAGCAUAGCAAUUCGCCGAGUGGGGAAGAGGCGGAGCAGGCAUUUAGUCUGCCCAAGGAUUUUGAAGUGCCUGCCAGCAUAUUAUUGCCCGAAACAAUGAAGCAACACGCCAUUAUUGAGAAGACGGCGCGUUUUAUUGCCUCUCAAGGCAUGCAAAUGGAGAUUCUGCUGAAAGCCAAACAAUCGAAUAAUGUGCAGUUUGACUUCCUUGGCAUAAAUGGAGCGCUCAAUCCAUACUAUAAACACGUAUUGAAUGCUAUAAAGAGUGGUAGUUAUCCCGCAGAGCGUGCGACACCACCUCUUUUUGAUAAAACUGAACCGGCGGCAGAAAAUAAUUAUGAUGCACUAUCGGGUGGCUCUGCCAAUGUGCCUGUCAAACCGGUCAUUACCGUGCCCACUAUUAAGUACAAGCCGUCGGCUAAUUGCGCCUACACGCAGCUGAUAAGCAAGAUUAAGGGCGUACCAUUGCCCGCUGUCAUCGAUGGCGAAUUGGCCAAUAUGCCCACAUCAAAUUCGCCCACACCCAGCACAGUAACUGGCGCUAAUUUUACACCCGUACUGUUGCAAUACAACGGCAGUACGUACGUUUCGGCUGAGGCGGAGGAGGGUACAACUUCGAAUUCAAAUUCGCAAUCGAAUGACAAAGUGAAAACGGAGGUGGAGUUAUUGAAGAAUUCCAGCGCUUUGGCGCUAGCGCAGAAUUACGCCUCUGAUACAGAGUCGGAGGUGGAGGAGGAACUGCCGAAAACGCCACCUCCCCCGAAACUGGAACCAGUGCUGGAUUUUCCCGUACCAACGGAGACGUUGAGGAAUAUCAUUGACAAGACAGCAACCUAUGUGAUUAAAAACGGACGCCAGUUCGAAGAAACGCUGCGCGCCAAAAGCGUCGAUCGCUUUACGUUUUUGCUGUACGAUAAUGAAUAUUAUCCAUAUUAUUUGUAUAAGGUUACCGGUGAUCCGGAUGCGGCAUCGAAGGAGCAGAAGCAACGGAAAGCGGCUGCGGUGGCAGCGGCGUUGAUGAGUAAGAAAGGACUGAAAACGGCCGAAAAAGCAAUCUCACCCGUUUGUUUCUCCAUCAAACCGAAGGAAGAACCUGCAGCAGCCAUUUUACAGCCUGCACUGCCACACGAGCCCAGCGACGAUGAUGAGGAGUGCGCAGCAAAGCCCGCCAGUUCAACGCAAGUGCGUUCGGUGCCAGAACACGUGCAGAAAGCCAUACAAUUAGUGGAAAGCCAACUGAUGGCCAGAAACGCACAAAUCGCGGCCACUGUGGGCAGUCGCAGCACGUCGAACGCUGCGAUAACUGGACCUGCCCUGCUCGCCAUGCGUGCGCCACCUAAUCAGCACCAGUCCACUGGCAGUCGCUUUGAUGUCGAUUACAACACGAGUAUUGCCAACAACUCAACCAAAACACAACUAAAGAGCUCCAAAGCUGAAAUAGAGCGUAAUGCUUUGUUCGAGCAACAGCAACAACAUCGUCAAAAGGAGUUGAAAAAAGCUGAGGAGAAGGUUAAGGACAAAUUGGCGAAAAUAGCGCGCGAAAAAUUAGGUGGCCCUAUUUCGAAAGAGAAGCAGUUGCAGUUGGAGCGCAAACGCAAAGCGAUGGCUUUUCUAAAUCAAAUUAAAGGCGGCCCUUCUAGUGCCAACACUGCGGACCAGGCCAACACCAAUGCCGAGGAGAAUGUGUCAGAUUCCGAAGAAUCGGUACAUUCCAUACCCAUAACUUCGUAUGGUCCAGAGGAUGAUGGCAAAUCUGACGAAGAGGAGAAGCUCCGCCUGAUUGAGAUUCCAACAACACAUAUCGCCGGCUCGACGCCUACACUUGUGACAAGCAUUUCGAGCAGCGCAGCAAAAGAAGAACCAAAGCCAAAACCAGCUGCCACAGUGACUGUCUCUGACGAUGAUGACGUACAGCUAGUGGGUGAAAUAAAGCCGAUCUCACGCAUGGCUCUUCCCAAACAGCGCAUAGAGCGCAAACGUAACCUGCGCUUGCGCACGCGCGAUAGCUCACCGGACACCACUCCCGGUUUGGCCAGCACAAUGCAUGUGCGCAAAAGUAAACAUCGGCGGCGCAGUCGCUCGUAUAGUCAAUCGUCCGAUAAUGAUAGCGCAUCUUCCUCAGGCUCGACAUCAUCUACAACGUCCUCGUCGUCAUCAACCGCAUCUGCCUCUGUGUCCACUUACUUAAGUGAUGACAGUACGGGCGCUGAUGCUGCUGAGCGCUCAUUUUCGCACCGCAAGCAUAAAUCCUCUAGCAGAAAUGCUGAGAAGAAGUCCAAAACACUGAAAUCUUCAAAAACGCGAAAGUCUGCGAGUCGGAGUGUAGUGCGAAAAAAGAAGUCGAAAAAACGUGCACACAGUCGUGAGGGCAGAAACAUUGAGGAGUACAAGGACUAUAAGGAGCGUGAACACAGACGAGAGCGAGCUCAUAAGAAAAAGCGGGAACGUGAGCAGGAGGAUGCAUAUGAGCGCGAAAGUGAGAGGCGAAUGCGCCACCACCAAAGGAAACGUCAAAGCCAUCAACGGAGUAACUCAACCACUCCCACAGAUGACGCACAUUGGCGGCGAAGGCAACGUAGCGCUUCGGUUGAAGCAAGAAGAGAACGCGAACGGGCGCGAGUCCGCGAGGAACAUCGCCUGCGGCGCACACACCGCGAUGGCAAGCAAAGUGAACGGGAACGCGAGCGUAAACGUGAUUGUUCAAGUACACGCCAUGGCGACACACCCGUACGCAAAGAGAAGAAGAAGAAGCACGAGCGUUAGCGCGCGCUGUCAAUAGCAACGCCGAAGCCGCAUACAUACAUAGGUAAGAUUAGGCAACCUCAUGCGGCGAUAACUGCUGCAAGAGUGGGUUUGUCGGCCCGGCGAGCGAUAAGGCAGCGCUUUAGUUUGGGGUGCGCUGCGUUGGCAAACGCGGUGACGCGGCCGAUGAAUGAACGCAGCGCAUUGCUGGCGAUACGCAAAUGCAUAUUCAUUUGUUUUUGUAUUAGCUUUGUAAGCUGAAUGUGUGGCACGUGUUGCAUUUAGUUGUUUUUGUAAUUGUUAAUGCGGCAGUUUGUAAUGUAAUAUAGUGAAUUUAAAAAUAAAUAAAUAAGAAUCGUCAUUCAAA